UACUAGACCUAACCACAAAAAAAUCACAUUCGUUCAUAAUACCAUCACAGAGUGCAAUGCUAUUCAUUCCAAAAUGGCCGGUUUUCACCAAACGCAAAAUCCUCCAAUUCUAUACCUCUGUGCUACAACACUCAUCUGUGGACAACUCAAUUUUCCGAAAAGCUGUCCCCACACACACGCCCGAUUCACACCCAUGUCAAGUGAAAUAGCAUUCCACAAGCGCCACCUAUCAGAAUCCAACCAACCACCCUACAGACCCACAUGUGCCAGAGCCACCGACCGACACCAGAGUCAAAAUAUCUCCAUCAGCAUUCCUGUGAGGCGAAGAAAAAAAAAACACACGAUAAAGCACAUUUUCACGUACCUCAUAAUACAUAAAACUUCUCGCCAGCUCAUAGUAAGCCAACAGCGCCAGGCACCCCCAACUCAAACCCAUGGCCAUCUGGGGAUGGAUGCAUUGCUUCACGGGGCAAUGGGCGCCUGCUGUGAUCCGUCGCGAUGAAUACGGAAUGCCGGACCAGCAGGUACCGGGCAAAUAAACAACAAUGCCGAAAACGGGGCGGGACUUUACCCUGGGAAGCUGCCGUUGCCAUUGGAGAGACUCGACUCGACUGCUCGCACAACAGGGAGAUAAAUCGAGAGAAAUGAUUGCCAGCCUGAAGCUAUUUGAUAACGUUCCUGUGGAUUCCCAAACAGAGCCAGGGCAGUGAUGCAAUGUCACCUGUUGCUUCCAUUUGGGCUGACGUUUCCCGCGUACUCACAGGGAAAGAGCGUAGAAAUCUCUCGCUUCCGGACGAGAAAACUCUCCUUCUAGUCGUAGGCGGUGACGAUCCUGCGCAGUACGCACCAAGGAAUUCAUUGGCUGUCGGAGGAAUGCAUGCUGGCGGACUGUGAACAGGAUUCAACUGCAGGUGUCAGACAGGACCUGUUCAGUUGUUGCUGUGCCGCGAACAACGCUGAACGUGUCGGGAAUUCGGUCCUCUUCUUGUGAACCAGAAGACAACUCAGUGAUGUGCUAAGUGCUAAGGAUGAGUUUGAUUCAGGAUAGUCAGAGGAUGCUACCAUACAGUCCACAGCAACAGGUUCAGCAGUCCAGUAGUCAAUCUCAAUCGGAAGUGAGCUAUUUUCAACCGUUCUUGUAUCCGCAAAGCCAAAUCACGCCAAUUUCUGGAGCUGCGACCGGCAGUGAGUUCCAGAUUCCGCUGGAUUUGUCCCUGCGACAAGGGAAUGUGCCAAUGACUCCACCAUCAACUCCGUCUCCACCCCGAAAACGGAACCGCACCUUCGACGAGGAUGAUUGGAAACUCAAACUGGUCAACAGCAGCCUUCAGCGGUCGAUGAACCAGUUCUCCGAUACAGUCUGUAUCGACGACAAGAAAUACUACGCCAACACUACCCUAACCUCGACCUCCACUUCCCAUUUCCGCUACUUUGAUGAUUCGGCUCGUUUGCCACCGUUCAAAUCCCUCCAGCAGAUACCCUCCACUUCCACUUCCGAUGCCAAACCACCAGAGGAGUUCAUCGACAUCACCGGUCAGGAGGACUCCGCCUCCGCAUCCCGUCAUUCCCCAUCCUCAAACAUCGACGUCGAGUCCCUGGAAAACAACGGUGCCCUGGACGAAGGUGACAUAGAUGACGACGACGACGAUAGCCAGGAAUCGAUCAACAUCGUAGACAGCGAGAAGGAGAACAGCGAAGCAGUUCUCGUCGAUGGGCAACGCUACUUCGAGAACGAGAAACUGCACCUCCAAGCGAUCGAAGGCUUCGCUCGGCUCUUUGAACAAAGUUUCGUCGACUACGACCGUCCUUCACCGCAGAAAUCCCACUCAACAGGAAAGUCCUACUCCCAUCAUCGCCCGAAGACAGAGCGACGGCGAAUCAAAACGCGGAAGCAGAUAGUCGACGAAGACAACACCAGUCCCGUAUCGGGAACCAUCAUACGCAAGCUGCAGGACGGUGAAGAGCUCGUGGUGCGCAAAGGGGACAUCGAUCCGGCCUUCAACGUGGUGGAGAUAACGGAUGAAGCAAAAGAAAUUCUAUCGAAGAUCGAGAACAAGAUCGGGUCGUAUCUGUGUCAGUUGUGCCGGGCGUUGUAUGACGAUGCGUUUGGGUUGGCGCAGCAUCGGUGCUCGCGGAUCGUGCACAUCGAGUACCGGUGUUCGGAGUGUGAUAAAGUGUUCAACUGCCCGGCGAACUUGGCGUCGCAUAAGCGAUGGCACAAGCCACGUGGCGGAAGUGGUGGUGGUGGUGGGAGUGCAGGGGAAGGGAAGAAGAAGGGAAGUGGAGUGAGUGGUGGGGAGGGAAGUGAUAAGACGAAGGAUGAUGAGUGCAUAGAAAUUAUGGAUAAUGACGGUGCUAGCGGAGAACGAGGAAGGCCGACGGAAGGAUCUACGGAGGAAAGCUAUGGAUGCAAUCAGUGCGGGAAAAGUUUUAGGCGUCAAAGUUACCUGAAAAAGCACCUCCAAUCACACCAGACAACCCACGAUCCAACCGGUCGCCAUAACGGUUCCAGUUCCGGUCUGAUCAAUGCCGCGGCAACGAUAGCUCAUCAGAAUGCAGCCGCAGCAGCGGCAAUCUUCUGCGGUCAAACCGGUCACCACGCGGUGGGACCCGGCGCUACGGUCCCAGCAACCCAUGCACUGUCCGGUGCAUUCCCUAGAAAUGGCCUUUUCCCGUUCGCUGCUGCCGCCGCCGCUUACGGAACCCAUUCCGCAUCCGGAAAUUACUCCGAGCUGGAGAAACGCCGCUGGCAGUCGCUCAGCGAACUCUACCUUCAACAACGUGAACGCCUGUCCGCUUUCCAGUACGUCCGACACCAUCAGUACGAAGACUAUCUUAAAAGCUUUCAACCGUUUCACUUCGGGCGGGACAAGACCUGACAGAACGUCCUGCGGCCAGUACCGCGUCUAGCGGCACCAGUCUGGUCGCAGCACAACGGUCAAUCGCAGCAGUCGACUGCGGUUGCAACAGCUGAGCAGCCUACUGUGACCGCAACUGUUGUAGCCGAGCCAUCUUCAUUCGGUGGACACCAUUCGAAUUCGUCGCCUACUGGCGUAGCCACACCAACAGCCGCUGCACGAAUCGUGGACCACGUGCACCACAGAGGAGCCUACGAGCAACGCUUAGAUUGAGAGUGACCGGAGAAAAAACAGUGACAUGUGUUAGAGCUGGAAUUAGUUACGUCGUCGUUAGAGAUUAUCCCUCCCACACUCGUUUUCCCAGAACCAAUAUAAACGAAUAUUAGGGCGCUCUUUUGAACCAAAGUGCGAUUGUUUAGGAAUUUCCCAUAGGACUAAAUGCCCUCUUCGGCUUCGGUUGUGCAGCGUUUCGUUUCAGUUUCAGGUUUGUUUUACUCACGGAAACAAAAGGCAACCCCUCCCGAAAAGACCGUGUUGUGUAGAUAUAUUAGGCGCUUAGUGAAAGUGAAACGAAAUCGUAGAAGAAUCCGUCGGAAUCGUAAUAACAUCAAACCGAUUUUUAUGUAUCGGGCGCUUCAUUUCGUGUAGUCAAUAGCAAUAUAAUCAGUUUACUUGGA